AUGAACUAUUCACUUCUUACGGACAGUCCAUUUAACACUGCUUUACUAUCCCCAGAGGGUGGUGCCGUGUAUCGCAUCGAUACAUAUCUUAGCUCAUUUACGACUACCGUCAAGAAGGUCGGCGGUGGGCAGAGUGAAGUGGAGAUUGGAAGAGUAGUGUGGCAGUCUGGUAGACCUGGGACAGCUGUCGUACAUGGACACGAGAUAUAUGUCAACAAAAGCAGUUUUUUCAGCUCGUCAAGAACAUUCACAGCACUAAAUGGGCAGUCGUAUAAAUGGACGUUCCGCGAAGGAUCAGCAUUGAUGGCGAGCAACGAUAGCAGGCAAGCUCCAGUUGCCACGUAUACACCAGCAACGAGAACAAAUCCCGGGCUGCUACAUAUAACCCCGCAUGGUCUGACUAUCACCGGAGAUGUCAUUUUGAGCUUCGUCUGCGUCGAAGGCGAGCGCCGACAUACAAUGAGGAAGAGUCUAAGAUGA